AUGAACGUGACUUACAACUCUGCCCUGCGGCAGAGCAAGGCACUCCGCGCCGAACUGGACAGCCUCAACGCAAAAGGGGCCCUGGCGCCUGCAGAGAUUGGUAACGUGUCCGCCUCCUUGGCGUCGUUUGGCAAGACUCUCGAGGAGUACAACCAUCUCGCCCGCCAAGAACUCGUCCAGAAAAAGCAGGAAGAAGCCUUUGAGCGCGUCAAGAGGUUUCGCCAAGAUCUCUCCGACUUUCGCUCCCAGGUCGACGGGUUGAUGAAGACCCGCGAGGACGCGCAACAUCAAACAAACAGGGCCGAGCUGCUGGGAAGAAGACCCUACAAUGCGACGCCCGAGAACCCGUACGCGAACUCCUCCCACGCUGGAGAACCCCUGACGACGGGGUCCUCCGACGAGCUGCGCGAAUCCCAUGCGUUUCGCGAACAAAACUUUUUUGCCAACACAAACCAGGCACUGGACGACUACAUCGCCAGGGGACAGGCUGUCCUGGGAGAUCUAGGCCAGCAGCGCGAGAUGCUCAAGAACACGCAAAAGCGGCUCUACACCGUCGCCAACACCCUCGGCGUGAGCGGCGACACCAUCCGCAUGGUCGAACGGCGAGCGCGAGAGGACAAGUGGAUCUUUUUCGCGGGCGUCAUCGUCUUCUUUUUGUUUUGUUGGCUCGUGCUACACUAUCUGCGGUGA